AGUGAACAACAUAUCUUAUCAUCUCAGCAAAGUAUAAGCUGUGUUUUGCUAUGUAUUAUGCUUAAAUAUGUAAGAAACAUGUAGUAUUGUAUUGAAGCAUUCAUAAACUCAAAACUGUCUUCUCUCCCAUUUUUUCUACUCUAUUUUUCUGGUUUUAUUCUAUUUGAUGAUUUAUGCAAACAAUUGGCUGGUCACAUGGCAUGAUGUCAUCAUGAUGUAAUGCAAUGAUCAAUUUCCUGGUUUAUGCAAACAAUGGGUUGUUUGCUGGUUUAUGCAAACAGUGAGUUUGACAUCAGAUAAAUGAAACCUAAAUACACAUUAGGAGCUGCUGCCUCUCUUCUUCAUAUUUGGGGAAUUUGACAGAAAAAAAAUACAGAACAUGGAAAGUGAAAAAACGAGAGAGAGAGAGAGAGAGAGAGGGAGAAAGAGAGAGAUUGGCAGAGGAGGGAGUUGCUAGCAGUGGUGCUCCGGCCGGAGAUGGCGGUGGCAGAAAUCUCUCCUUUUCCUCUUCAAUCCAACUUCUUCAAUCACCGUUCGCCAUUAUCGACGGUCCUAAAAGCUCCGCCGCCGGCAAUCCAGAUGAGAUCGUGAAACUGCUUCCAUUUUUGUUCGGACAACUUUCUGCUUCUUUGGUUCCUGCAGAUUCAAGCAAAUCGCUUCCUCAUCGGAAGUUGAAGAUUGGCGUUGUUCUUUCCGGUGAUCAAGCUCCUGGAGGUCACAAUGUCAUAUCUGGAAUUUACGGUAAUGUGCAAUAAUGUUGAAUUUUCAAUUUUAUACCAAAUCAAUCAAAUAAUUAUUAUGAUGCUUAGAGAAACUUCCAGAGAAAGUAUAUGUGAAGUUUAUAAGUUUUGGUGUUAUAUAUUUUGCAUUCCAAAUUUUGUAUAAUUUACUUUUGCUUUAAUUUUUCAUGCAAUCGUUGUCUUCUUUCUGAUCACUCGGCUUCUUAUGCUUUCAAUGAGUCUUCAAAUUUUCAUGCAAUCAUUGUCAUUUUUUGUAAGUGGUGAAAACUCGCGACCACAAUCUUUUUGAUGCGAAGAGGUUAAUAUUUUGCGAUUUUAUUUCUGUUAAUUUAGAUUUAACAAGAAAGUAUGUGCUACACAACUGAUAUUCUUUAAAUCUAAUAUUUGUUUCUGUUUUGUUUUUGCUUGGACCUAAUUUUUUAUUUUUUGAUAGUCCAUUAUCGAAUGUAAAAUAGCCACCUUGGUACCUAAUCCUUUGCUUUACUUUUGUUGUAAAUACCUUUUAGAGAGGAUGAGAGAGUAUUGAUAUUUCUUAUGUGGUGUAGUGUAUUGUUUCUUAUAGUUUUGAAAGUUGCAAUGCAUAUCCUGACUCAAGUUUUUUUUUUUGUUAUUGUAAGGUUUGAUAUGAUCUUCCUUAAUCCCCAUGCUUCUUAUAACAAGAAGUGUGACUAUUGAUAUGAACCAUCGCUACGACAAGAUUAAUUCUGAUAUUCGUCCUUACUCCAUGAUGACAAGAACAGGGUAUAUGGAGUACAAUCCCAUGAAGAAUCGAGGAAAACUACCGGAAAUAUAUGCAAGCGUCAUUGGUCAGUACAUUGGUGAUACAGUUCUUUUACAGGACAUUAACGAAAAUCAAAUCCAAGUAGCUGUAUUCAAAAAGAACAAUUCACAGAUUUAUUUCACUCAUGGCUGGUCUCGAUUGAAAGAUUUCUAUAACAUCAAUGCCGGCGCUUGGAUUACUCUUUUGUUCAUCAGUCCUUUUGUCUUCUUUAUUCGGGUACCAUACAUUACUGGUGUGGAAAUCACCUAUCCUCAUAGGACUCCCCCAUAUAAACUUGUGUUGGAAAAACCUUUCCUAGAAGCAACUUCAAAUGGACCUAUUCCCUACUUUGUCCUUCCAAAAGUUUUUACCCACAGUUUUGAAAAAACCCUCACUGCUCCUGAUGUUGAGACUGGGACUUUGACAAUCUAUUGGAGAGGUUUCUGUCAAAAUGCACUCCCUAAUGAAGAGACUAAACUCAGAUUAAUUGACUGGCUUGGUAACACCUGGGAUCACUGUGAUUUGAAGUUUGACAAUGGCCCUUAUAUCAGCUGCAAAAUUUCAGGACAAUGGGGAGAUGUUUGCAAGGUACAUAAACUGUCCGAGGGUGUAGUUGUUAAAUUCGGUGUUACUAAGUCAUCUAACAAUAGGACUAUCUACUUUAAGCUAUCCCCUUUCAUUGGUGUUAAAACUACCCUGCAUGCUCCGUCAACAUCCAGCAAUCGGAAGAAAUUCUACCAAAGUCAGUACUAUUAUAUGCUCUAGAUCUCUCUCUAGCUAUCCUUCAACUCUAACUCCGCUAUCUGUUUUGUAACUUAUGCUAUAAUGUACCAAACAAUAUUUAAUUUCCAUCCUUUUUGCCAUUAGUGGAUCUCAAUAUCAAGGUCAUACUCUUUUAAGGACCAUUUUGGUGAUGAAUGUAAGGACAUGUACCAUAAUUACUACUAUUUAACUUUUAAUCCCUAAUGCUUUUUGUUUGUUCAA